AUGUCGCAUCCGACCAAAAACACUGUCACUCCCUCACCACUAAACGCUCUUUCGAAUAAAUCCAAUCAAUCAUAUACUAAUUCAUCUUCGAAUCCUAUCUUGUCCACGAAACUCAUCCCCCGCGACUACCUAGGAACUAGGACGAAACCCUCCGCCGUUGCGUCGGAUGCAGUGGUACAGCAGGCUGGAAGUUCAUCGUGCAUGACCCACGAAUUGGGCACCAACGACACAAAAACACCUACAUUCGACGAACAAACCCGAUCGCGGUCGUUUGAGGAGGAGAAUCUGAGUACUGAUCAAACCCUGAGCCUCGAGAAGACUCGUUCUCUUGAGUCGGUUGGAACAACGACUUCGUUGGAGAGCACCACUGCGAGUGCCAGGCCGAAUGUUGGGCUCAGCUCCAAAACGUUACACAAUAACAUGCCUCGGACCUCGUCCAUAGAUUCCGCCAUCUCUUCGGCAUCUACCUCGUCCACUCAACGCAAAGACCAUGGUGACGUGCGCGACCCCAGCCCUUCCAGUAUCCGCAAUUUGAUUAGUGUAGCUGGUUCAGCCGAGAGUUUGGUGCUGCACCUGCUGAAAGAGAAGAAUCAUGCUGCAAAUCAGAAUAACCAGUUGUGGAAACUAGUUGAGAAGCAAAGAGCUUUGUUGCUUGGCCUGAAUAAGGACCUCGAGCGCAUCACCAAGGAGCGAGAUCGAUACAGGAAGAAGCUAAAAGAAGUACAAGCCCAAGGUGUCCUCCCUCGAGCUGCAACUCAAUCUCCCUCUCAGGAUGUAAGUAGCCACGGCGCGCAAGCCCCAGUCAAGCCUCAAGACCUGCCCCAGAAUGACCUUGAUGUGCAUCCAUCGGCAGCAGAUUCAGUAUCCACGGCUUCUUCCCUCGACAAUGUGGGCCCGACCAUCGUCACGACCAGCCAUGCGACAAAUGGGCCUCUUCCACGUUCGAAUGGGCAGAAGCCUGUUUUGCAGGCUCAAACCGCUGGUUUGGCGCAGCCCGUUUUCGCCCUGACCGAAGCCACGCCCUUGAACGAGAAGCCGAACAAGGGCUUUAGUGCCUCACGCAAGGCGACUCCGAAGCCUCUCAACCUCAUGCAAUCCAAAAAUGAGCAAGUGCCGUCAACUGCUGUAGACGUUGCAGAUGAAGCCCCAAAUGAAGGAAGAGGCCGGCGUAAAACACGUGAAGAAGACGAUCGCGAACGCGAAAAGAGUUUGAAAAUGGAACAAGAAGCUAGGAGCAAAUCUAAGAAAGUGGCCCUCGAUACAAAUGAAAGUGAAGGUCAAACACUUCAGGCCUCACUGUCUGUUCCAGUCACCCUCCCUGCUAGUCCGCGACCAUCGCAAGGACUUGCUCCUACCAUUGCACUAAAUGCUGCGCAAGCUGGCUCCGUUCAAGAACGACUGCUGUCACUGCCUUUACGGAGUCCAGGUCUACCUACCAGCCCUCGUCCCAUGAACAACAAUCUUUCUACUAUUAGCGGACUGCCUCUAUCACCACGUGCACCACCACCUGGUCCUCUAUCGCCACGUGCACCUAAACAACCUGUACCUCCACCAAUGAUGAGUCCUUCACCCUUCGUCGAUCCUGCGAUCAUUCAACGCCAAAAUGUUAUGGCUAGACAAGCUGCACAGCAGUCACAUCAACCACAAGAUCGUCUGCAAGUUCACGAGCCGACGGCCACCAACGAAAUCCCUCCUGUGUUUCAAGGCUUGGUUAGUCCUCAAUAUCCAAAUUUGCUUCUGCCGCCUAAUGCCUUGCCAUCAAUACAAAUCGUGGUAGCAUCCUCUCGUCUGCGACCUUCCAGGCAUAGCAUGCUGGGACUGCGAACCCAAGAGGAUUCUACUGUUUUCAGUCUGUCUAUUUACUCGAGAGCAAGCCGAAACGAGCUUUGGCGCAUAGAGAAGAUUCCUGCCUCGCUACCUCAGCUUGAUCAGCAGUUGCGUUCUCGAUGCAAGGACCUUCCGAAAGUACCAGACAGAAAGCUUUUCAGCGGACAUAACCCAGUUGUUGUCGAUGCUCGUAGACAAGCCUUGGAUUCGUACUUCGAGGAACUUCUCGACGUGGAAAUGGACGAGCCCUCAGCACUUACGAUCUGUCGUUUCUUGUCGACUGAUGUGCUUGACCCGUCAAAUGAGCCCCACAAACAUCCUGGCGUCAAUCAAGAUUCUCUACCACAACAGACAGAUCUGGUAGGUAAGGUAGCCAAAACAGGCUUUCUUACUAAAAGAGGGAAGAACUUUGGAGGGUGGAAAUCGAGAUACUUCGUGCUAGACAACCCCGACCUGCGAUAUUAUGAAACACCAGGAGGUCCACAGAUUGGCACGAUCAAGGUGUCUCACGCAAGAAUUAGCACGCAGAAAUCGGAGGAUUCCACGAUCACUGAUGCAGAUGGGCAAUAUCGUCAUGCUUUCCUGAUCGAAGAACCAAAGAAGAAAGACAGCGCAACCUUUGUACGUCAUGUGCUGUGCGCCGAGAGCGAUGCAGACCGUGAUCAGUGGGUUGCAGCCUUACUUCACUAUGUGGAGGGAGAUGGAUCUCGAGAACCAAAUAGUCCGACCCUGUCUACUAACGCAUCGUCUAUUUCCAGACCGCAAACUGCCAGCACGAAAGACAGGACAGUUGAAGUACAGAGCACUUCGCCUUCACCUACCAGUCCGACGUCUUUGACCGAUACUAGCAUUAGCGAAACCAUGUCGAAGAGCACCAACAUAUCCGGACCCUUAAAUGGUGCACCCAUCCAGGAUAGUACGGCGUGGGGCAAUAAGGCGACGCCACAAUCCAAAGAAAAGAGUUCGAAGAUGGGCAACAUCUUUCAUUUCAAGAAGGGUUCCCAAGAGCAGUUGAACACGUCCAGCAAGGCUCGAGAGUCGUCGGUCAAGCCGAGGGUACUUAGGCACAACGGAUAUGUUCGAUCUGUCUUCGGGCUACCCUUAGCAGAGGCGGUGGAGUACUGUGCCCCUUUCAAUAUUGAUGUGCCUGUGCCUGCUGUUGUCUAUCGGAGUAUUGAAUACAUGAGAUUCCGUAAGGCUGCUAACGAGGAAGGCCUCUUCCGUCUGAGUGGUUCCAACAUUACAGUCAAAACGCUCAAAGAACGGUUCAAUACCGAGGGCGAUGUUGAUCUCGUUGAUGAUGAGGAAACUUAUGACGUGCAUGCAGUGGCAUCACUAUUCAAGACCUAUCUGCGAGAACUUCCGUCGCCUCUGUUGACACGAGAUCUGCAUAUCGAAUUCCUGAAAGUCCUUGAGAUGGACUCUCAGGAGGAAAAGGUAAUGGCAUUCAACGUCCUAGUGCAUCAAUUGCCGAGAGUCAACUUUGAGCUUCUCCGCGCCAUGUCGGAAUAUCUGCUCGAAGUUACCGAAAAUGCUGGCAAGAACAAAAUGUCUGUCAGAAACAUGGGAAUCGUCUUCUCCCCAACCGUCAAUAUCCCUACCCCAGUUUUCAACCUCUUCCUGAGCGAGUUCAGUGCCGUUUUCGACACGAAACCGUCCCGAGACAGAGACUAUCAAGAACAAAUACAGCAGACAACCCUUCGUGCACCCGCAGUGUUAGGUACGGAUGAGAUACGUAGUCCAAGGCAUCAGAUGUUCUCCGAUAUACCUACACCAGCAUACAACCAGACGACUUUCGGCACCACCGAAGCAUCUUCGAAGAGCCACCAGUCAUCAGGCUCAGGUGAGUUUGGCUUCACACCAGUUCACCCAAGCUACGAGUCUGGACAAUACGUCUCAGACCCCCGAGAUCCACGCAUCCAAUCCUUCAGUCCACCUUCAGAACAGCAGCAACAGCCACCCGUAGAAGGCGAGGAACAGUACGGCAGCCUCAACAGGAUGAUCGUCCCACAAGGCGCCACGACCGACAAGCGGCGAAAGAGGGAAAGUGCUAUGUUGUUCUGA